AUGAAGAUGUUUUCAUUCCCGUACCGGACCCAACAAGAUGAUAUUUAUGUAAAUGAAAACAUAAAUACUCAAAAUUUAUUAAGGAAAAAUCGGUUAUCUGAACAAAAAAUAUCACAGAUAAUUGCACAACAUUCAACGAUUGAUGGAUGCUUGAAGUCGUGCUUCAGGAAUGUAGAUUUUAUUUCUCCUUUUCAAACUAGGUUGAGAUUUGCUUACGAUCACGAGCUAAAAACAGAAGGAGGAACUUGUUGCAUUAGAUAUUGUAAUGCUAGAAUCGUGGUUCAUUAUUAA